CAACACGGUUCCAGAAUUGAUACGAAUUUUGUUGAAAUAAAUGAAACAACAGAGUUGAGUUAUUUUAUUUUAUUUGUCUCUUUUCAAUCAAAUCUACCAAAAAGUCAUCACCUAACUAAAUGCCACUCCAAGAAACUAACCCUGCACACAAAAAAAUAUUACGGUAAAGACAAAAGUAACUUAUUUUUGAUUUAAAAAGUUGCUAAAAUUUGUUUGAGGGAAUGUUUUUUUUUUUGUGUUAAAAAUGAAAUCUUUUACUGGUAAAGUUUUUAUAAAUCUCCUUACUAACUGAUUUAAAAGUCUUAACUUUUAAUACGACUAUAAAAUUUAUUUCAUUUUGACGUCUCGUGUAACCGAGUACGCCUAAGUUCCAAAUGUAAACAAACACUUUGGUGGGUCCGGUGCACCGCGGUGGUGCUGGUGAGUCUAGGACGCAAAGUAAAGCCGACGCGGAAAUUUUUUUGAGCCAAACAGCAGCAGCGGAAUGCCUUCGAAGGAGGGUGGUGCGGGUGCGGGACGAGGUCUAUUGCUCGAAAAGGACAAGGCCAGCUUCCUGCAGGAACUGUAGCUGUUCCAGGACCGGAAUAUGAUGGGAGGUAGGAAUGUGGAUUCGAACCGGUUGUAUUCGGUGGUGGUGGCCCGGGAUUGGUGGUUGAAGGUCAUGUCUCGCGAGGACUGGGGCGAGAUUGUCGAGGAGAUGGCACUGCCGAAGCGUUACAUGAACAACGAGUUUGCGUGGAAGGAGAUUAACGUUUGGUUUUUGGACAAGUACGAGAAAGUUAAUUUUCACGGUGAGGAGAAGGAUCCGACGAAGAGGAGGACGAUGAGAAGCGGCAUAAUCGGAGGUGGUCAGCGCAGAUAUUACACUCGGUGCCGGCGUUUUACAACACCGGUGAGUAUUGAGAAUGUGUGCAGUGAUUAGCCAACUUCACUUACUUCCAUCUCUUCUAGCAACUUUCUGCCCACAAAC